GCCAGCAGAGCGGGUGGGAAGGGUAGGGCAGGUGAAGCGGGAUCGAGGAGGGCAGGCAGGACGGAGCCGGCAGGGCACGGUGAUGGAGCUGCUACGGACUAUCGCCCACCCACCGGGCGGCGGCGGUGCCAAGUGCUGCGAGGCGGUGGCGGGCAGAGGGGCCGGGGGCGAGUCGCGCAGGAAGAAGGCGGAGGAGCCGCCGCACCAGCAGCCGCACCAGCACGGCCACCCCGCAGCCGAGGUCUCCCGGAUUAUAACUGACCCCACGACGGGGAAGCGCUACUGCCGCGGCAAGGUGCUCGGAAAGGGUGGAUUUGCCAAAUGUUAUGAAAUGACAGAUUUGACAACAAAUAAGGUUUAUGCUGCAAAAAUAAUUCCUCACAGCAGAGUAGCAAAACCUCAUCAAAGGGAGAAGAUUGAUAAAGAGAUCGAGCUGCACAGAAUGCUUAAUCAUAGACAUGUUGUGCAGUUUUACCAUUACUUUGAAGACAGAGAGAAUAUUUACAUUCUUUUGGAAUACUGCAGUAGAAGGUCAAUGGCUCACAUCUUAAAAGCGAGGAAAGUAUUGACAGAACCAGAAGUACGAUACUACCUCAGGCAAAUUGUGUCAGGGCUGAAGUAUCUUCAUGAACAGGAAAUCUUACACAGGGAUCUUAAACUAGGUAACUUCUUCAUCAAUGAGAACAUGGAACUGAAGCUGGGUGACUUUGGCUUGGCAGCUAGGCUGGAACCACUGGAGCACAGGAGGAGAACAAUAUGUGGCACACCAAAUUACCUCUCUCCAGAAGUCCUCAACAAACAAGGGCAUGGCUGUGAAUCUGAUAUAUGGGCCUUAGGCUGUGUAAUGUAUACAAUGCUGUUGGGAAGACCCCCGUUUGAGACUACAAAUCUUAAAGAAACAUACAGGUGUAUAAGGGAAGCAAGAUACAGCCUGCCGUCAUCUCUCUUGGCACCUGCAAAACACUUAAUAGCUAGCAUGUUGUCAAAAAAUCCUGAAGAUCGGCCCAGUUUAGAUGAAAUAAUUCGACAUGAAUUCUUCUUACAGGGCUUUACACCUGAUAGACUUUCUGCAAGCUGUUGUCACACUGUCCCUGAUUUCCAUUUGUCAAGUCCUGCUAAAAAUUUCUUCAAAAAAGCGGCUGCUGCUCUCUUUGGGGGUAAAAAGGAUAAGGCCAGAUACUUCGACACACAUAACAGGCUAGCUAAAGAAGAUGAAGAAAUCUACAAGCUCAGACAUGAUUUGAAGAAGACAUCGAUAACCCAGCAGGCCCCCAAACACAAGACAGAUGAGGAGAUUCAGCCUCUUACCACAACAGUGGUGAAGCCGGGAGCAUUGCCAGAAACUAAGCAGAUUGGAGACUCCAUUCGGAUGAUAGUCAGAGGAACUUUGGGAAGCUGCAGCAGUAGCAGUGAAUGUUUGGAAGACACUACCAUGGGAAGUGUUGCUGAUACAGUUGCAAGAGUAUUGAGAGGAUGUCUGGAGAACAUGCCAGAAGCAGACAGCAAUCCCAAAGAACAGCUGACAGCAUCCUUCCAAUGGGUGACAAAAUGGGUGGACUACUCCAACAAGUAUGGUUUUGGGUACCAGCUGUCAGAUCACACUGUUGGUGUCCUCUUCAACAAUGGGGCACAUAUGAGCCUUCUGCCAGACAAAAAGACAGUGCACUAUUAUGCUGAGCUAGGCCAAUGCUCUGUUUUCUCAGCCGCAGAGGCUCCUGAACAAUUCAUUAGCCAAGUAACUGUACUGAAGUAUUUCUCUCACUAUAUGGAGGAGAACCUCAUGGAUGGAGGAGAUUUACCCAGCCUAACAGAUGUGCGCCGGCCCAGGCUUUACCUCUUACAGUGGCUCAAAUCUGAUAAAGCACUAAUGAUGCUUUUCAACGAUGGCACGUUUCAAGUGAACUUCUAUCAUGAUCACACAAAAGUCAUAAUUUGCAAUCAGAGUGAGGAAUAUCUCCUUACCUACAUAAAUGAAGACAGGAUAUCCACAACGUUUCGUCUGACAACUCUUCUGGUUUCUGGAUGUUCAUUGGAACUAAAACACAGAAUGGAAUAUGCUCUGAAUAUGCUGCUGCAGCGAUGUAACUGAAGGAACUCUGUUAAACCAAAUGGACUCUCUUGUUCACUGUGACUCUACAGUGGAGAUGGUGGAGCAACUAGUAUGUUGAUGAUGGAUGUGUGGUGGUACGAAAACUGGACAGUCCAAGUGUGCUGGGCACACAUCUAUUAGAAGCCUAAACCUACUUCUUGGACUAAAAUAUUGUGACAAGGAGUUCUUCGGAUCAUAGUUUUCCUUGCUUCAUGUGUGUUAAAGAUAUAUUUGACUUGAACUCGGAGCAGAGUGUGUCUGUUUGCUCUGUAAGAGAGCAUCUCUGGUGGAGUUAAACUGUGAAUACACAUCUGGAAAGGGAGGGAAGGGAGAGCUCCGUUGUUGGGGAUAAUUGUAACAAGCAGCUUCUGGUUGCUUAACUGUGAACUAUGGCCAUACUGUUUUUUUUCCUUAUUUUUCAAAAAUACCCACACUUGUGGCUGGCAAAGUGCAUUCCUUGUUAAUUUUUUUUUUUAUUUAUUACAGCCUAAAGUGAAGUAUUUAUUACUUUUUUUUUUUUGGACCUUGGCAUUUUAAAUAUAAAUCUGUUGGCAAUAAAGAAUGGAAAUCUGAAGUAUCAUUCUCCACUCUUUCUCCAGUAUGACUGAGCAUGCUUUACUUUGCAUUACAAAAAAUCUUGCAGAUUUGCUUUCUAAAUGCUGUUUUUAAAAAAGUUUGCUACAGGUCUGGAUAUGAAGGGGUAGGCAGGUUUGUCCGUGUCUAUGCCCACUUGCAGUUAUAAACACCAACAAGGAUAUUGUUAAUUAUAGCUGCAACCCUAAAACAAGUGCUGUUGGUGCCUACAGACUAGUGAUGUAGGCCUUGACACUUAGGAAAUAACUAAGGGCUUAAAACAAAAGUAUGGAUCUCUUCAAGAUAUACUGCAUCCCAAAACUGAUGUUUUGUACUGACUGGAACAAACUCUCUUCUGGAUAGUAUGCAGAAGACUGAAGGAUAAAGAGCAGUGUAAGUUCUCUGCUUGCUAUGACUGCAUGCUCUUUCUAAGGGGCUGAGUCCCCUCAUACCUCAACAGCACAAUGAAUUGACCAUACCUAUCACUUCACCCCUACUGAGCUUUAUAUUUUAUCUUUUUCUGCCCUUGGUUAACUCCUUAUGCCACUAAAGUAAAAGCAAAAGGGUGAAAAAAUAAAAGGGUGACUUAGUGUCAGCUUUGGGCUUACUCUACCCAACUGCCAAUUAUAAAGAACUGCCAGUGUUACUAAGACAAAUUAUGAUUUAUGGUACACACUAAGUUUUCUGUAAAGCAGUUCAAAACAGCUGAGACUAGCAUCGGUAUAGCCUGCUACUUUCUGCAAUCCUACUACUUCUAAACAUCCACUUACAUAAUGGCUUUCCCAAACUGAGGAAAUGCUAUUUGUCAGUUAAAACCACGCAAGUAGGUGCAAUUAUGGAGAAAUCAUGGGCUCCAGACAGAGGGAAAUUGUCUCCCUUGUGGACUGGGCUUAUUUCUCUUAGAUAUUGCACAGUACCUGGACCUGUAUAAACAUAGCUGUCUUCAAGUAACUGUUCUGAUGCAACAGCAAGCAGUUCAGUUGCUUACUUGACCUAUUGUUCCUAUGACUAAAUGAAGCCUUUCCUGGAAGACAUCAAUUGCCAUUCGUGUAUCAAUCACAGCAGCUGAAUGUAAGGAACUGGCACAGUGAUAAAACACAAACUAAAUAAAGUACAGAUGUCAAUCUGAAAUGGUGAGCAGAGUACUUACCACUGGCUUGCUUCAUCUUGCAGCAAGUGUGUAUAAAUAUGAUUGGGUUUGUUGUAUUGAAUACCAUGAAGUAGGUAAUAUUUAUUUACUUCUCAAGUCUAGACAGGAAGACCCAAUUGAGUUCUUCAGAUGGAUUCAUUAAUGUAACUCUAGGCAGAUCAGUGAAGUUAAAUAUAUACUUGCUAUAGUGAGCAGAAUUCAGCUUCCCAACUGUCUACUUUCUUCAAGGGAUAAUGGCUGAUUUUAUUCCUGAGAGGCCAUGAUUUACCUAAUUCUGCUGCACACAUACAGCUACUGUUGCAUUCUUUUCCCUAACAAAGUAAAAUCUUCCUUUUUGUUUAUGACACCAGUAAACAUACAGUUUGUGUACAUUUCAAACACAAAAUUUACUACAGCUAUAGUACGUUACAUGGAAAAACCUCUUUUUGUUCAUCUGUGUGCUAGAGAAAGUGCAAACCUUUAUUCAGCUACUAUGAUUUCUUUGGGUACCAAAAUCAUGCUUGUAUGGCAGUAAUUCAGGCUUGUGUAAGCAAAUAAACCAGCUUUUAAUGCAGAAUAUUUAAAAGUGUGUGUAAAGGUUCCAGGAUGGUAGUUGCUUGUGGAUGUUUGAAAUACACCUUGCUAAAAUAAGUUACAUGAA